AAGUAUAAGGUUAGGUAGUAAACUUAAAAUAGCGUCACAGUCUUUUCCAUCAUUUACGAAUUACGACUAAAAUAUUCGAAAAAAGAAGUUAAGUAUUUGAAAUAAAAAAAGAAAAUAAACUGUGCCAUGUCGCCACCUUCUCUCCCCACCCCGCCCCAAAUUAAACACCACCCCUCCCUACUUUCUCUCUCUAUAAUCCCAUCUCUCUCUCUCUCUCUACCUAUAUUUCUGCCCCUUUCCUCGCAAAACCCCAUCCUCCUCCACCUUUACGUACAAGUCUGUAUCUAUAGGUUCUCUGCAGGCAAACAGUAGCUCACACUGCACACAUACUCGCGGAGUAUGAGUUGGUAGGAAAUCGCGACGGCUGCGAGCUCGAUUUCGGCGGCGGUUACCGGAGCGAUUUGAUUUCGGGAGAAAUUUAGGGAGAUGCAUUCCUUUCCUGCUAUCUCCACUCCCGGAGGCGCGGUGUGAUGACUAUUCUCACCGGUAGAUGGCCAAUUCCAAGCUUCGAUUCGCACUUUCACCUCAUGAGGUGGUAGGAUUGGUGGCAGUGCUUUUGCUGUCAGUCUGCUCUAACCCUAGGUCGAUUGCUGCUGUAGCGGAUUCGGAUUCGGACUUGGAUUUCGACUCGGAUUUUCUGCUGUUCCACCAGGACUACUCGCCGCCGGCACCGCCGCCUCCGCCGCCGCACCCGCCGUCGCUAUCGUGCGAGUCCGAUCUCGGCGGUGUUGGUACGUUGGAUACUACUUGCCAGAUAGUCUCCAGCUUGAACAUAACGAAGGAUGUGUAUGUAGAAGGAAAGGGUAAUUUUGUAAUUGCAGCGAAUGUUACUGUGGAUUGCUCAUCGUUUGCUGGCUGUGAGCUUGCUAUAAAUGUUACUGGGAACUUUACUUUAGGAGAGAAUGCGUCGAUAAUAUGCGGCACCUUUCAGUUAGUUGCAGAUAACGCGUUUUUUGGCAAUGGUUCUGCUGUGAAUACUACUGCGUUGGCGGGGUCACCACCGGCGCAGACUAGUGGGACCCCGCAAGGGGUGGAUGGGGCCGGCGGGGGCCAUGGUGGUAGAGGUGCAGCGUGUUUAAAGGAUAAGAGUAAGAAUCCAGAAGAUGUAUGGGGAGGCGAUGCUUAUUCAUGGUCGACUUUGGGGAAGCCUUGGAGUUAUGGGAGUAAAGGAGGGACGACGAGUAGGGAAAUUGAUUACGGGGGUGGUGGAGGGGGGAGGGUGAUGCUCUUGGUAACGACACUAUUAGAGGUGAAUGGCACUGUUCUGGCUAGUGGAGGAGAUGCAGGUCCAAAAGGAGGUGGAGGGUCUGGAGGCAGCAUAUACAUCAAGGCUCAUAAGAUGACCGGAACUGGCAGCAUAAGUGCUUGUGGGGGUAGUGGUUUUGCUGGAGGCGGCGGCGGCAGAAUUUCUGUAGAUAUUUUUAGCAGGCAUGAUGACCCGGCCAUUUCUGCAUAUGGUGGAAGCAGUAUAGGUUGCCCUGAAAAUGCAGGUGCUGCAGGUACAUUUUAUGAUUGUGUUCCUCGCAGCCUUACCGUGAGCAAUCAUCAUAAAUCAACAUAUACAGACACACUCCUAAUGGACUUUCCACAACCGUUUUUAACGAAUGUCUAUAUAAGGAAUCAAGCAAAGGCUGCCGUUCCCCUGCUGUGGAGCCGUGUCCAGGUUCAAGGACAAAUCAGCCUUUUGCGUGGAGGAGUGUUGAGUUUUGGCCUCGCACAUUAUUCAAUGUCAGAGUUUGAACUAUUGGCAGAAGAGCUGUUAAUGAGUGAUUCUAUGAUUAGAGUUUAUGGGGCUCUUCGCAUGUCAGUUAAAAUGUUUUUAAUGUGGAACUCAAAGAUGUUGAUAGAUGGUGGUGGAGAUGAGAAUGUCGAGACAUCGUCACUUGAGGCUAGUAAUCUCAUAGUUCUCAGGAAAUCAUCUGUUAUCCAUUCAAAUGCAAACUUGGGAAUUCAUGGGCAAGGUUUAUUGAACUUGACUGGACCAGGAGAUUGCAUAGAAGCUCAAUUGCUAGUUCUAUCAUUAUUUUAUAGCAUCAAUAUUGGACCUGGAUCUGUUCUGCGUGGUCCUCUGAAGAAUUCCUCAAAUGAGGCCGUGACGCCAAAACUUUAUUGUGAUUCGGAAGAUUGUCCCAGUGAGCUGAUUCAUCCACCUGAAGAUUGUAACGUGAACUCUUCUCUGACCUUUACCCUACAGAUAUGUCGUGUUGAGGAUAUCCUUGUUGAGGGUUAUGUCGAAGGCUCUGUUGUUCAUUUCCAUAGAGCUAGGACCAUCAACGUCCAGCCUACUGGAGUUAUAAGCACAUCUGGAAUGGGCUGCCAUGGUGGUCUAGGUCAAGGAGAAGUCUUGAGCAAUGGUCUUGGUAGUGGUGGUGGACACGGUGGUAGGGGUGGAAUGGGCUGUUACGAUGACAUAUGUAUUGACGGUGGCGUAUCAUAUGGAGAUGCUAAUUUGCCUUGUGAACUUGGCAGUGGAAGUGGAAACGAUAGCUUGGAAAUAUCAACUGCUGGUGGCGGUACUUUAGUGAUGGGUUCGUUGGAGCAUCCCUUGAUAACUUUAUAUGUUGAAGGUUCUGUUAGAGCAGACGGAGACAGCUUCAGGGGGGACCUUGAAAAGAAUAAUGCUUCUAUUGAUAAGAUUGUUGGUCCUGGAGGUGGUUCUGGUGGUACUAUAUUGUUAUUUUUGCGCAAUUUUGAUCUUCGUGAAUCUGGCAAUUUGUCUAGUGCUGGAGGUCACGGUAGCCUAACUGGUGGUGGAGGAGGUGGUGGUGGAAGGAUUCAUUUUCAUUGGUCAGAUAUUUCCACUGGAGAUGUUUACUGGCCAAUAGCUACAGUGAAUGGAACAAUACAUACAAUGGGUGGAUUAGGUGGCGUACAAGGUUACAUGGGCGAAAAUGGCAGUAUCAGUGGAAAAGCUUGUCCAAAAGGGCUUUAUGGUAUAUUUUGUGAGGAAUGCCCAAUUGGCACUUUUAAAAAUGUCACAGGAUCUGAGAAAUCCCUCUGCUUUCCAUGCCCAACUGAUGAGCUUCCUAAUCGGGCGUCUUAUAUUCAUGUCCGAGGUGGUAUUACUGAAACACCUUGUCCUUACAAGUGUAUUUCUGAUAGAUAUCACAUGCCAAAUUGUUAUACCGCUCUUGAAGAACUAAUAUAUACAUUUGGUGGACCAUGGUUGUUUGGCCUCUUGCUUUUGGGUCUUCUAGUCCUGCUUGCUUUAGUUCUAAGUGUUGCCCGAAUGAAGUUCAUUGGUGUGGAUGAGUUACCUGGUCCUGCUCCUACACAACAGGGUUCCCAAAUAGAUCAUUCAUUCCCUUUCUUGGAAUCUCUUAACGAGGUGUUAGAAACUAACAGAGUGGAGGAGUCUCAGAGUCAUGUGCACAGGAUGUACUUCAUGGGUCCAAAUACGUUUAGUGAACCUUGGUAUCUUCCUCAUACACCUCCUGAACAAGUAAAAGAAAUAGUAUAUGAAAGUGCAUUUAACAAUUUUGUGGAUGAGAUCAAUGCUCUUGCUGCAUAUCAGUGGUGGGAAGGUGCAGUUCACAGUAUUUUUUGCAUUCUUGCCUAUCCUUUUGCAUGGUCAUGGCAGCAGUGGCGCCGGAGAAUGAAGCUGCAGAAAAUUCGAGAAUUUGUGCGAUCUGAAUACGACCAUGCUUGCUUACGUUCUUGUCGUUCGCGUGCUCUAUAUGAAGGGCUGAAGGUUGCUGCAACUCCAGAUCUAAUGCUAGCAUAUAUUGACUUUUUCCUUGGUGGUGAUGAGAAGAGAAAUGAUCUUCCUCCUCGCCUCCAGCAAAGAUUUCCUAUGUCUCUAUUGUUUGGAGGAGAUGGGAGCUACAUGACUCCUUUCAUUCUUCAUAACGACAACAUCAUAACUAGUCUGAUGAGUCAGUCUGUUCCACCCACCACCUGGUAUCGCUUUGUGGCUGGUGUGAAUGCACAGUUGCGCUUAGUAAGAAGAGGCUGCCUAAGAUCGAAGUUUCGCUCAGUCCUUCUAUGGCUUGAUACUUUUGCGAAUCCUGAAUUAAGGGUCUAUGGGCUGCAUGUAGAUCUUGCUUGGUUUCAGGCUACAACUGAUGGCUACUAUCAUUAUGGACUUCUGUUAUAUUCUGUUGAAGAAUUUGACCGCGUGUCAUUUGUAUGUCAUGACGGAGAAUCUGGGGAUGAUGAACAACAUUCACGCACUGUUGGUGUCCAUCUGAAAGAUGAGAGUUCAAAUAAGAGUUACUUAGGACGAACUCAGAGAAGUGCUCAAGGUAACUUGAGGAGAAAGAAUUAUGGCGGGGUUCUAGAUUUUAACAGUUUGAAGGCGCUCGAGGAGAAAAGAGAUUUACUCUUUAUCCUCUCUUUUCUAAUUCACAACACCAAACCUGUUGGCCAUCAGGAUCUCGUGGGUUUGGUGAUCUCAAUCCUGCUUCUAGGAGAUUUUAGUCUAGUAUUGCUCACCUUGCUCCAGUUGUAUUCACUUUCCCUAGCAGACGUCUUUCUCGUUUUGUUUAUCAUGCCCCUCGGGAUUUUGCUCCCCUUUCCUGCUGGAAUCAACGCCUUAUUCAGUCAUGGACCUAGGCGAUCAGCAGGUCUUGCACGUAUAUAUGCUUUGUGGAAUAUCACAUCAUUCAUAAACAUCGGUGUUGCAUUCAUAUGUGGUUAUAUUCACUAUCGAACACAAUCAAGUAAAACAAACCCAAAUUUUCAGCCGUGGAAUAUGGAUGAAGGUGAAUGGUGGAUUUUUCCCUUGGCACUUCUUUUGUGUAAAUGUAUCCAAUCUAAGCUCGUAAAUUGGCAUGUCGCGAAUUUGGAAAUUCAGGAUCGUGCGUUGUAUAGUAAUGACUUCGACCUGUUCUGGCAUUCAUAGAUUUUACGGAGCAAAUAUGUUCACACGAACACCCAUCAAUUUUUUUUUCGUGGGUUCUAUUGCAAUGUGUUUAUUAUUCAUGGUAGUGGUGUAGAGAAAUAGUGGUUGACACAGGAGUAGAAAGAAAGUCGAAUGAGAGAUCAAAAGUGGUAAAGAACUAGAUAGGGCUGAGGCAUUUAUUUGUAGCCUUGUGUUGUGCAGCUAUAUUCCUUUUGUCAUGUAAAUAUAGAAAUGGGAUAUUCCCAUGGCUUACAUAUUUCUACCUUCUCUAAUUCACUUCCCUCUAUAUUUGUCUAAUUUUCACAAUUUGGAUGA